AACACCGCGGACAUAUGAUAAACAUUCCCAGGUUAUAAGUGCAAGGGAUGACAUAAGGACAGCUUGCCAGUGAGCUUACAAAUAAUUCCUUAAUAAUGAGUACCAUUACGAAGGUCCUUAGUUUAUCGAGGGCUGUCGGCUCACUCUGUAAUAAUCUCAGGGCAUUAAGUGUAGGAAGCGCCGGUCCAGCUAUAUCUAGUCCUCUUCUAAGAAACUCCACCCCAAUCACUAGCAAUGCCUUUCACACAACAUCCUCCCGUCAGGAUCUAAUGGAAUUUUUCGAUGACAAGAAAAAUUGGGGCGAGAAUGAGGUGAAAGUAGGCAGAGCAUGGCGAGCAGAUGAGCUCCGUAUUAAGUCCAAUUCCGACCUGCACAAACUCUGGUUCAUUCUACUGAAGGAAAGGAACAUGCUGCUCACAAUGGAGCACGAGUGCAAUGAUAAGAUGGAAGUGUUCCCUAGUCCGGAGCGAUUGGAUAAGGUUAAGGAGUCAAUGGAAAAUAUUGAGACAGUAGUCCGUGAGCGGAAUAAGGCAUACCAUUUGCUAGAAACUGGUGAAACGGGAGAAAGACCGGGCCGGCUUGUUACUAACCCAUUAGGGCUGAAGUUUUACUACAGAUCCGCAGAGCAUGUCAUCCCGUCCUUCAUGAACACGAAAUGGUUCAAAACUCAUCAAUUCCAAUACAGCGGGCGUGCGGUUCGUAAAUUUUUACUGCUCUACCGCGAGAAACUGUACAAUGAAAAGCGAAGGGCGAAGAACCGAGAUCGCAACCACGUAAUGAUGCUUAUGCGACGCAAUCCGAACACAGACGUAAACCUGCUUCGGGAACGCUAUCCGCAUGUGAAUAUUGAUAAAUUGAUAAGAGAUGAUAAGUGCAGAGGACAUUAUGUGCCGAAGUUUUAACCUAUGAAUGUAGAUUAAAUUACAAGGAAAGUUGAGUGAA